AUGUAGGCCCACCGUUAUAUGAUGGGGAUAUUCUACGAACUGUUCAUUAAACGUGCUGUAUGUGCAACGCAACAAAAGACCCAAGAAGAAACAAAUGUCUCUAAAGCUCAACAGUCUGAUAAUAAUGUAGCUGCAACAAAACUGACAAACAAUGGAGGAGAUGGAGACUCCCAAACAAAUGUGAAUGACAAGGGAAGAAACUCAUUCCUGUUCACGGUUUUCUUUUCCACGGCUAUUGGGUGUUUUGUGACGCCUUUCACAAAGGCAUACAGAUUGCGAAUUGUUCAGUAUCGAACUCAAUGUUCUGUAUCACUUCAUCUUGUAGGCAUUGGGUUUUAUGUACAAGCCCUGUAUAGUUAUUAUAGAAUUAAGCAUCCACCGAUUCAGCUGUUAUAUAGCGAUCCAAAGGAAUACAACAGAAUGGACAAUGAGAAUAUCAAGCUGUUAUUUAGUCGUUUGAAACAUAGCAUUACAAGUCUAUAUCAAGGACAACCCAAGGAGCAAACAACAGCUGUGACUGAAUCUGAGAAAUAAAAAGUAGAUUUAAUUGUGGCUGUGGCGUGUGUGUGUGUGUGUUGUUGAUUGUUAAUGAGGAUGAAAUUUCAGGAUAAUCUGUGAAUGGAAAAGAAGUGCAGUUUGUUUUGGAGAUGGAAUAGAAAUAGUUUGUUUUGUGGAUAGAAUAAAGCAACUGUGGUUUUAAAUGAGAUUUUAUGAUGAAACUCCCAAGUCCUACGGUAUUUUUGUGAAACUACCAAGUCUUGACGGUAUUUUUGUGAUGAAACUCCCAAGUCUGACGGUAUUUUUGUUAAACUACCAAGUCUUGACAGUAUUUUUUAUGAUGAUUUUACCAAGUCUGAUGGUAUUUUUGUGAAACUACCAAGUCUGACAGUAUUUUUGUGAUGAAACUCCCAAGUCUGACGGUAUUUUUGGUCAAGUGCAUCUAACAGAGGACACAUUUCCUUGAAACAAAAAUCAUAUUCUAAUGCAACUAAUGCACCAUUCUAUAAUUUGAUUGGCCAAUAACUUGACAUUUCCAACUACUGAAUCAGCAUUAACAAUCACAAACUAUUUUUGUAUACCUCUCCAAUUUAAAAAAAACAAACAAUUAACAUUUUUAAAUGGCAUAUUUCAUUCCAUCUGUACCAUGUCUUCCAUGACAUACACUCUGUCAAAUGUAUUUGAAUAUGUUUAAUCUAUUAUCUAUCAUUUUGACAUCAAAAUGUGUUUUGAUGUGCAUGUCAUACUCAAAAUACUUGAAUAGAUUGUAAAUAUUCACUUUGCAUUUUGUUAUUUUCGGUUAGUUUUUCUGCCUGACUGGCUGAUAGAUCUCUGAAUUCUAAUGUGACUCAAAACAGAGAAAAACAUUACUGGAUCUAUACAUCAUAGAAACUGCAUGUGUAUUUGGUACAUGUAGAUCGGAAUAUAUUUAUUCACCAUUGCCAUGAAAUGUUACCUUCAGAUAUUUAUGUUUUAUGGGUAAAUAAAUCUUCAUAUUCUCUUCA